GUCUAUUUAAAGGUGCGCGCCCGAGCCGGGGCUGCACAGCUGCCGGUUUUGGUGCGUAACGUGCAACAGCCAUGGCCAGCCAUCUGGAGCUCAACAGCGGCGCCAAGAUGCCCACCCUGGGCCUGGGCACCUGGAAGUCCCCUCCUGGCCAGGUGACUGAGGCCGUGAAGGCUGCCAUUGACAUUGGGUACCGCCACAUUGACUGCGCCCAGGUGUACCAGAAUGAGAAGGAGGUGGGCAUUGCCCUCCAGGAGAAGCUCAAGGCGCAGGUAGUGAAGCGCCAGGAGCUCUUCAUUGUCAGCAAGCUGUGGUGCACGUUCCACGACAAGAGCAUGGUGAAAGGAGCUUUCCAGAAGACGCUCAGCGACCUUCAGCUGGACUACCUGGACCUCUACCUCAUUCACUGGCCAACAGGGUUCAAGCCUGGGCCUGAUUAUUUCCCACUGGAUGCAUCAGCAAAUGUGAUUCCCAGCGACACUGAUUUUGUGGACACUUGGACGGCCAUGGAGCAGCUUGUGGAUGAAGGUUUGGUGAAAUCCAUUGGCGUCUCCAACUUCAACCCUCUUCAGAUUGAGAGAAUCUUAAACAAACCCGGCUUAAAAUAUAAGCCUGCUGUUAAUCAGAUUGAGUGCCACCCGUACCUAACUCAGGAGAAGCUGAUUGAGUACUGCCACUCCAAAGGCAUUGUGGUAACUGCGUACAGUCCUCUUGGCUCUCCUGACAGGCCCUGGGCCAAGCCUGAAGACCCUCUCUCCCUGGAGGAUCCCAGGAUUAAGGCAAUUGCAUCCAAGUACAACAAAACCACAGCUCAGGUGCUGAUCCGGUUCCCUAUACAAAGGAACUUGGUGGUGAUCCCCAAGUCUGUGACGCUGCACGCAAUUGCUGAGAACCUGAAGGUCUUUGACUUCGAGCUGAGCAAGGAGGAUAUGACCACUCUCCUGAGCUACAACAGGAACUGGAGGGUGUGUGCCUUGAUGAGCUGUGUUAAACACAAGGAUUACCCCUUCCACGCAGAAGUCUGAAGCUUGGGAGCUUACUCUCCCCC